AGCGCCGUUUCUGUGGUAACCUGGCUGCGCGUCCUCCUUAGAGCCUUGUGGAGCGCGGCGUCCGGGAGCUGCGGUUGAGGUGGAUAGAGCUGGCCUUCCCAGCAGGGACGCGAGGACUGGGUCCAGGGCGUCAAGGACACAUCCAGGAUAAAAAAUGUCAAUACUCACUUCUCCAAGAGGAAAGGUAGAAGUCGUUCACUGCCGAAGAACAGAGUCCCAGGAUAUUUUUUGUAUCAAAAACCUCAUUAGAAAAUUUACUCAGAAUCUGUUUGGGAGGCUUAAUCUCAUCUACCUUCUGGAGAAGGCCAACCUUGCCAUCACUCUCUGUAAUGAGAGGGAGGAGAUCAUGGCCCACGCCACCUUCGUGGACUAUCCCAACUGGAAUGUGGCCAAGCAGGAUGAGUGGGUGUACGUGUUCCGGGAGCUCGACAAGGAACUCCCGUGCACACCUCUGAACACAUUGUUCAUGCACCUCUUUGUGGCCGUGGACGAGUUUUCUACUGGCUGCUGCAAAGAGAUAAUUCAGUCUGUGUUUAAGGCGGUGCCAGAGCUGCACUUCAUCUUUCUCAUCGUGCCGGCCUACAUGAGCCUCGGCACAACUCUGAUAACUGUGUUUGACCAAGUGGGGAGCAUUCCGAAUCUGACCUUUAACGAGGACUUUGCUGUACACAUAUGUCACAGGCACAGCCAUUACCCUCAGCUGCACGUUCGCAAAGCCAGGGUGGAAGAUCAUGAUGACCUCAUGCCAAUAUUUUUGCAACAUGACACAAUUCUGAGAGCAACUUAUGGCGAAUACUUUCUGGCUGAACUAAUAGAGGCCCAAGACAAGGAGAAUCAUGCUGUCGUGUGUGAGGUGGAAGGUGUAGCUGUUGGGUUCAUGAGCGUGUGCUCAAGAGUGAACAUGCAGCUCCUGCAUGAGUGCUUUGACUUGGGGCCCUUCCACGGAUUCUGCGUCCCACAUCCCGAUGAUGUUCUGGAGCAGCCACGAGACCUCAGCUUUCAAGAAAGUCAAGAUACUUAUCACAGGGAUAGCAGCCUGGAUUCCCAGCAAACUCUCGAGUCACAGGAACCUGAUACUCCAGAGAGAAGGGAAAGUGUCCAGGGGAAAGUUGCAGAAGAAGCCUCAGUGGAGGAACUUACAACAAGACUCGGAAGUUCGAUGGAGAUGGGAGGGUCAUGUCCUGAAGAUGCUGAGAGUUACUGCUUCCGUCGGGGGAGCGUGGCAUCCUCACUGCCUGGGGACACCACCCACUUCCGCCCUGUCUACAAGGGAGCCCCUUCCGCCUUCUGUAUCCAGCUGUUUUGCAUUGAUGAGAAGUAUGAAGCAAGGUCAUUGGACUUUAUGGAAUUUGUUUUCAGCCUUUUUCCUGACAAGAACUUCUGCCUCAUCUCUCUGCCGCAUCUCACCCCUGAGUUUGUCCUCAUCCAGAACUUUGUGAAGGUAGUCCCCUUCAACAACUGCACCCUGGAGCAGGAUCUCUACGUCUUCCACCGGGCGGGAUUGCUCAAGACGAUUAAGAUAAGAUUAGCCAAUUUAUUGGAUUCUCCUGGUGUUCAAAAUCUCGUCAGUAGCCUCAAACUCAGUAGACACAUAUUGGACGAUUUAAAGCAAUACUUUGAGGCUCACAGAGACCCUGGUGGAACACCACUGCGGGCAUUUGUAGCUGAUGUGGCAAAACAAGUAGUUGGCAUUGCAGUGAUCAGAGACGAAAUGGAUAUAGAGUACAUCCGGUCUCAUUACAACAUCGAAGACUUCAUCUACUUCAGCCACCACCAGCGCCAGGAGCACGCGCACCUGUUCCACUUCGCCAUCAACCCCAUCUUCCGGCACUACACCAAGUUCUUCCUGAAGGAGAUCUUCCGCCUGGGACACAAGUCCUGUCUCUACUACCCCAUCUACCCGGCUUCCCGGGAGGGCAAGUUCCAGAGCUCCUACGCCCACUCCCUGACGUCCGCCCUUCAUUACUUGGUUCCCGUGCGACCACGACGACAGAUUGUCUAUCCUCUGGAAAAGCUUGGCAUCAACGCUCCAUCAAAGGAGGUCUCCAAGGAACCGUUGAGUUAUGCCUUGUACCAUACCAACAGGAAACUAACGCUGGAACCUAAAAUAACGGUUAAUGCCAGGAUUGUUGUGGUUGGCGCUUCCAAUGUUGGAAUCUCCUUCCUAGAGACCUUGGUGUUUUGCUCUCACCUGAAGUUCAGUAACCUCACGCUAAUUUCAACCCACGGACUCCCUGGGAAAAAACUUCUGGGCACGGAACAAAGGAAGUUUUUAGCAAGCGACCAGAGUUAUAAUGAUAAAGAUCACGCAUUGAUGUCCCUGUGCUCCUGGGUCAACGUGGUGGUUGGUAGGAUGACGGCCAUAGACCGGGCAGCCAAGCAUGUCGUGGUUUCCCACGAAGACAUUGUGCUCUAUGACCACCUCAUCCUCUGCACCGGGCAGCAGUACCAGGUCCCAUGCCCUUCAGGGGCUGAUAUUGGUCAACACCUGACAAACAGAGACGUUGAAGAAGGUUAUAGAAAGCAGCGAUACACCGAUCAAGUUCCUCGUAAUCAUUUCACUCUCAAUGAUGAAGAGGACUGCUUGAAGGCCCAGAUUUGGAUAAGAAACAACGCCAUCACCACAGAAGGGAAUGUCAUUGUCUAUGGAAAUACACUCGACACUUACACGACAAUAGAGAUGCUCUUACACCUUGGCGUGAAGGGCUCCAACAUCCACCUGGUGCAGCCCCCGCCCACUUCCAACAUCACCUGCAUCAACAACUAUUUGGUGGAAAGCGCAGUGGAACACGCAAUGCAAGCAGCUGGGGUCACCAUCCACCUGGAUGCGCUUCUGGCUCAGUGGAACGAUGGCCAAGACCCAGACCCUAUUCGCAGCGCCAGCUUCACCACGUUCACCAAGCCUUUCAAACUUCCGUGCUCCGUAUUCUUCAGCUUCUGUGAGAAGAAUGUGGAUUAUGAAACAUUUAAAGCAUUCAAUGAUGCAUGUCUUGUCUAUGAUGGCCGACUUGUGAUCGAUGCGAACUUCCACACCAAUGACAUAGCCAUCAGAGCUGCUGGCUCCCUCACCAAAUACUCCAGUAGAUAUUACUCAAGGGAUUGGUCUCACAGAAACUUCAGUUCCAAAGAAGUUGGCUUCCAACUGGCAGCAGCUAUGCUCUGUCUCUUUGAUCCAACCCUCGAGCCUGUGACCGAGCCACCGGCUGAUCUUGACCGACUCAUUCCCACGUACAAGGCAGCCAAGAUCCAAGGAGGCAUUCUUCCUGGGUCUUACCAUUAUCUGCAUAUCAGCAAGCCUGCCAUUCCAUCUCCCUUGGAGGUACAAAUGGCCCAGCCAGAUUUUGGUACAGAAAUAGUAACAGGUAAAGCAAAAAGAGGCACUUAUUUCCGAAUACAUAUUAACGACUGUAAAAUAGUGGAGGCCAUAACGUGCCUCUCUAAGGAGCCUUUCCCUACCUCCAACUACAUUCGCUUGUAUGGGCAGCAUGAGCAACUCCUCAACAACCUGUGUGCUCGGUUUGAGAACAAGAUGAUCCCAGAUCUCUACCGCUACUUCACGGAGCCCUGGUGCAUGGCCCUCUUUCACGAUCGUUUUAUUGAUCUCAGGAAAGAGUUACGCCAAAUCUUAACCUCCAAGAAGGAGGAAGAACUUCCCUCCAUAGAAGAGUUAGCCCGUCAGUUAGUAGAUGAGGACAUUGACCUGACUGAGAAGCCCAGGACAUACCUCAGAAGAGUUUACGAGGAAAGCAUCUACAAGACGCUGGUGGAGAGGAGCAUCCUUGACUACCUGCACUAUAACCACUACCACCUGCCCAUGUACGCGUGGCCAGGCAUCAUUUAGUGUGGCCACGGUCUCCACUUUAUUGUUCCCACACCUGUAGUUCCUAGAAGCGCUCUGUAUAAGUAGGAAGCCUCUCUGAAGCCUGGCUUGACAGCCAAGCACCAUUGUCUCCUGGUUUUUGUUCUGUCUUCCCCCGCAUGCACUUACGCAUGUCAUUUUCUGUCGUCCCAGUAGGUGGCGCACGGCUGUGCGCCUCUAUCCUGGGCCAGGGAGCUGCUCUGCUAAUACCAGACAUGUCCAUACAGAAGAAUCUGUUUUAGCAAUAAAAUAAGAUCAGACUGUGUAAAACGUGUUUUUACCUUGGGUAUGACUUUCAUUUCCUGAAACGUUCUGCCGCCAAUUUUGUUAUUCACGUUUACCCAGGAAUAAUCCUAGGCAAUAAAAAGGAAAAUCGUGUGCCCACAUGGAACAUUCGUGAAACUGAUGAUGAGAAAUUAACUCUGUAAUUCAACAUCAGAGGGACUGAUUGGGUAGGAAAAUGUAAAGCAACUUUUGGAAUGAGGAGGCUGCCAUCACAGACCCUGUAUUUCUAUUUCAUGUUGCAGGUCAUGGGCAUGAAUGCAGUGAAAAACUAGAAUAUAACACACGUACAGAUUUUAUUUUUCUUAUUUUUUUAUUUCAUACGUGGGUGUUAGAAUAGAAAAUGGUCGUCAGAAAUUACUCUAGUUGACUUCCUUAAGCCCUUAGCCUUGUUGCUUUGCAUUGGGGGCCUGGUACAUGUCACCUAUAAUGUGGGUAAGAGACCUUCUUACAAAUAAAGCAAAUUAAAUGCCUACUAGAAAACAUGUGGAUUUAGAAACAACACAUAAGACUGUUUUCAUUUCUUUGGAUCUCUUUUAGGUGUUACUGUGACACUAUUUGUGACUGAAUUUUGACCAGCAGGGGCUUAAAAUUGGUUUCCAUGGACAUAAUUCCAGUUUGUGUUCACUUUUUGCAUUCAUGUUAAUGUUUAGCAAAAGUUGGCACAAUUACAAGGAUAACACAGCUAUUAGACGGGAAGUCGUAGUUGGCAUUACAGAUUUCCACAUCCGUUAUCAUCGAAUCAAUACUUCUCAAAAAUAGCGUCGUUCUAGCACACUAGACACUGAUUUUUCUAAGGCAAAAGUAAGCAAUAACCUCCGCGAAUUCCCUCACGUGUCUGUUUUACUCAGCCCCGGCCACAUGGUAAACUGUGUAACUUGAACAGAGAACAACUGCUACUGGUUUACUCUUCAAACUGCCAUCCCAACAACCAAAGACCCUAUUUCAAGGGCCUGUGAAUGAGUCAGCUCAAGAAACCAUCCUCCUCCCACUCCCUUCCCCUGAGAGGCCCAUUCAUCAGCAAAUAGUGAGUGUCUAUGACCCUUGGGUGGAGAUUAACAGAACAACCUCAGAGUAUCAACAGUUAUGAUUUCUGUGACCAAGUACUACCAUCAAAAAGCUAGUCACAUUAAAGGAACCCCAAAUGGCAAUGCCAGUUUUAAUAUUGAAUCAUACAUACAUGUAAUGCUUUCCUUUGCUGCUUUUUAAAAAAGCAGUCUUGGACCUCCAUAAGUAUCAUGAUGGCAAAUUUGAAAAUGCCUAGAUUACCUUUCAGUGUGCA